AAUAAUAAAAAUAAAUCAUUUCCAAAUAUUUUAUAUAUUAAAAUAUUAAAAUAUGCAGUCAAAGAUUCAAUUAAAAAUGAAAAAUAUUAUAGUUUUUAUGGAACAUUAUCAUUGGUUUGUAAAUCCUGGUCCCUAUUCGUUGUACCAAAGUUAAAAUUCGAAAAGGUUUUGUUUAAAAAUGAUGAUUAUAUUUAUUCAUAUUUAAAAGUAAAAGAUACAAUCAGACACCUUAUCAAUUCAAAAUCAAAGACUGGUUUCAAGUUAAGUGAAACAAAUAAUCAAAUUAAUGGCUAUUUAAAAUUAUUACAAUCACCCACAGUUACAACCGGUACAUACAAAAUUUAUCAUGAGGAUGAUGAAUUAGAUAAUAAAAUUUAUUAUUAUGAUAAAUUAGAUAAUAAAAUUUAUAUAGACGAUAAAGAGUGUGGCACAAUCUUUAGUCCAGAUAUUUCCAAAAUCGAAAAUUUAUCAAAACCUUCAUCAUUUGGCAAAGGUGACCAAACUGUUUAUGAUGAAUCUGUCCGUAAAGGUUACCACAUAGAGGGCACUAGGGUUAGAGUUCCAUAUUUUGACAAUUCAUCGGGCUAUACUCUACAAAGUCAUUAUUUAUGUGAUAACCCUUUUUUCCAACUCAAAUUGUAUAAGAUCCAUAUUUACAAAGAAGGUGGCCACUUUGAUGAUCAUAUUGAUACAAUUCAUUCUAUGGACCACGUUGGGACUUAUAUUGUUCCAUUGGGCGAAUCAAAAUAUGAAGGAGGAGAAUUUGUUAUUUCUAAUAAUGAAGUAUUCGACGAAACUACUCAAGAGUAUAGAAUAGAAGCCAUAAAAGAUGAAACCCAUAAUUACUACAACUUCAAAUGGAUUGCUUUCUAUAAUGACUGUAUUCACAAAGUUAAACCAGUUUCAAAAGGAAUAAGAAUCGUACUUCAGUUCAACAUUUACUUAAGAAGUUCUGUUGAUGUUAAGGAUUUUAUUAGAGUCGAAGAAAAUUUGCCAGGUAUGCAAGAAAAUUUCAAUUAUCAAGAACCAAUUAAAUUUUCAAAAAAAAACCAGUAUCUAACAUAUAACUUACCAAAAGAUAAAAUUAUAAAGACAAUAAACAGUAAUACUAAUUAUUUAAAACAAGUUUCAUCAAUUUUGGAUAGAAUAAUGAAAGAAAGAGAUGUCAAUACUGGUUUAUUUUUAGUUCAUCUCUAUAAAGCUCAUGUAGAUCAAGAUCACCUAAAAGGAGUUGAUAGGUUAAUUUGGGACCAAAUAAAACAAUAUUUUGGUCAAGAAAGAGUCAAGAUUCGAACAUUUCUUUUAACCAGAACCAUGGAUUUUAGUUCUGAAGAUAUCACUAAUUUAAAGAUUGCAAUGGUUUCACCCAAAACAAUUAACGAGCCAUCAAGACUGAUCAAAUAUGAAGAUAAAGAAACUUUGAUGUUCUGUGGCAAUAAAUACAGUAAUCUUUACUCUAUUUACAGCAAACCUUUACCAAGUACUGGAAAUGAAGAAAGAGAACACGAGGAUUUAGGAUGUUUCUCUGCAAUUAUCAUUUCA